AAAGCAGAUUGAGAAGUUGAGGAUUGUUGGUAGAGUUCAUCAAAUGGAGAACUACGAUAUAUUAGAGCAGAUUGGGAAGGGAUCGUUUGCUUCUGCUCUACUUGUGAGGCAUAGACGUGAAAAGAAAAAGUAUGUUCUGAAGAAAAUCCGGCUUGCCCGACAGUCUGAUAGGACCCGCAGAUCUGCCAUACUGGAGAUGGAGCUUAUUUCCAAAGUGCAAAAUCCUUUUAUAGUUGAAUACAAAGAUUCAUGGGUAGAAAAGGGUUGCUAUGUGUGUAUUAUUAUAGCUCAUUGCGAAGGAGGAGACAUGGCUGAAGCAAUCAAACGGGCCAAUGGAGUUCAUUUUUCGGAAGAGAAACUCUGCAAAUGGCUUGUUCAACUCCUGGCAGCCCUUGAUUACUUGCACAAAAGUCAUAUCCUCCAUCGAGAUGUUAAGUGUUCGAAUAUAUUCCUAACAAAAGAUCAAGAAAUCCGACUCGGUGAUUUUGGUCUUGCUAAAAUUUUGACUUCUGAUGAUCUUGCAUCCUCUGUUGUGGGAACACCUAGUUACAUGUGCCCCGAGCUUCUUGCGGAUAUACCUUAUGGUUCUAAGUCAGAUAUCUGGUCUUUAGGAUGCUGUAUAUAUGAAAUGAUGGCUUUCAAGCCUGCCUUCAAAGCUUUUGAUAUGCAAGCUUUAAUCAACAAGAUCAACAAAUCUAUAGUUGCUCCACUUCCAACCAUGUAUUCUAGUGCCUUUCGAGGGCUUGUUAAGAGCAUGCUGCGGAAAAACCCGGACACGAGACCAAGUGCUGCAGAUUUGCUAAAACAUUCGUAUCUUCAACCAUAUGUACAUAAACUUCAUCUAAACUUAAACCACGCGAGACGCCAUACGAUUCCACUCCGGUGGUCCGAUUACAACUACGAAAAGAAAACAACAUUCAUCGAGCCUGAAUCCGAACCCGAACCCGAAAUAGUUCGUUCUCGUAGAAAACACAAGAAAUCUUUCAGCUCUGACCGUGCCUUGAAUCCUAGUAUAUCUGAACAUGAUCAAGCUUCUUUGUACUCGGAGAACAUACGAGAUUUGUCAAGAUCUUUGUCUAGAAAGCUAUCCAUCGAUAGCAUCGAUGAAGAGAAGCCCGUUGUUGCUAAGACACUCGUGGCUAUCAGAACGCCAGUUAAAGCUUCGGCUUUGCCGAAGAUAACCAGACGGGGUCCAAAUCGCGAUUUGCUCCCGGUGUCGCAAACUCCGGCUAACAGACCUUCGCGAAAGACAUCUCUCCCAAAACCGAACAUCGGUCUUUCCAGUAUCGAGUCUCCAGAUGUAUCAGUCAAUGCUCCACAUAUCGACAAGAUGACCGAGAUCCCUUUAUCCUCCAUCGAUCAACGCUUAAUCCUAUCGGUCCAUGCAACUUCAUCGAUAUCGACUCAAUGUUGUUCUUCGGGUACUUAUCCAAACAGCAGGGAUCGAUCCAUUACAAGAGACCAUUGCACCAUCAAGACUGUUGACCGAACCCAAGUGGUUCAUCAAAAUGGAAUCGGUGAGCACACCACAAGGAGGGUUGGUUCGAGCAACCCGUCAUUAGAAUCUUGGGGACAGCAACAACCGCAUAGAUUCGACACUUCAUCGUACCAGCAACGAGCAGAAGCGUUAGAAGGGCUGUUGGAGUUCAGUGCACAGCUGAUGCAGCAAGAACGGAUCGACGAACUAGCGGUUUUGUUGAAACCGUUCGGCCCAGAAAAGGUGUCUCCAAGAGAAACUGCAAUUUGGUUGUCAAAAAGCUUCAAGAGAACUUCUGGUAUUGCUGGGAAUUUCUAA